AUGGAUCUGUUUGUGAUUCUGGUGCUCUGUCUUUCCUGUUUGCUUCUCCUUUCUCUCUGGAGACAGAGCACUGGGAGACGGACGCUCCCUCCUGGACCCACUCCGCUCCCCAUUAUUGGAAAUAUCCUACAGAUAGAUGUUAAAGACAUCAGCAAAACCUUAACCAAUGUAAGUAUGCCUUAUGCUCCUGCAGUAGCCUGCAAAAGUGGAAUGAAANNCACUGUGGUGUUACAUGGGUAUGAAGCAGUGAAGGAAGCCCUGAUUGAUCACGGAGAAGAGUUUUCUGGGAGAGGCAGUUUCCCAGUGGCUGAAAAAGCUAAUAAGGGAUAUGGAGUUAUUUUCAGCAACGGAAAGAGAUGGAAGGAGAUCCGGCGUUUCUCUCUCAUGACCCUGCGGAACUUUGGGAUGGGAAAGAGGAGCGUUGAAGAUCGUGUUCAAGAGGAAGCCCGCAGCCUGGUUGAGGAGUUGAGAAAAACCAAAGCCUCACCUUGUGAUCCCACUUUUAUACUGGGCUGUGCUCCCUGCAAUGUGAUCUGCUCCAUUAUUUUCCAGAAUCGUUUUGAUUAUAAAGAUGAAGAUUUUCUUAACUUGUUAGAAAAAUUUAAUGAAAAUACCAUGAUUGUGAGCUCCCCAUGGAUGCAGAUUUGCAACCAUUACCCUGUUAUCAUUGAUUAUUUGCCAGGGAUUCAUAACAAAUUACUUAGAAAUAUGGAAUCUAUAAAAAGUUAUGUUUUGAAAAAGGUAAAAGAAAACCAAGAAUCUCUGGACGUUAACAACCCUCGGGACUUUAUUGAUUGUUUCCUGAUAAAAAUGAAGCAGGAAAAGCACAACCAGCAAUCUGAAUUUAUUAUUGAAAACUUGGUAAACACUGUAAAUGAUUUGUUCGGAGCUGGGACGGAGACAACAAGCACAACCCUGAGAUAUGCUCUCCUGCUUCUGCUGAAACACCCUGAAGUGGCAGCUAAAGUCCGGAAAGAGAUUGACCACGUGAUUGGCAGAGACCGGAGUCCCUGCAUGCAGGACAGGAGCCACAUGCCCUACACGGAUGCUGUGAUUCAUGAGGUCCAGAGAUACAUUGACCUUAUCCCCACCAACCUGCCCCAUGCAGUGACCCGAGACAUUAAAUUCAGGAACUACCUCAUCCCCAAGGGCACGACCAUAUUAACAUCUCUAACAUCUGUGCUGCAUGACAACAAAGAAUUCCCCAACCCAGAAAAGUUUGACCCUGGCCACUUUCUGGAUGAGUGUGGCAACUUUAAGAAAAGUGAUUACUUCAUGCCUUUCUCGACGGGAAAACGGAUUUGUGUGGGAGAGGGCCUGGCCCGAAUGGAAUUGUUUUUAUUCCUGACCACCAUCUUACAGAACUUUGAACUGAAGUCUCUGGUUGACCCAAAGGACCUUGACAUCACCCCAGUUACCAAAGGAUUUGCUUCUUUGCCACCCUCCUACCAGCUCUGCUUUAUUCCUCUCUGAAGAAGGACAGAGGGUCUGGCUGCU